AUCGCUGGCUUGGUCGUUCCCCCUUUGUCCCCGCCAUCCGGCGGAGGGGACGGGAGGGGGUGGUUUCCCGGCUUCCUCCCACCACCACCACCACCACCCCUCCCAAGACAAAAGUCAGCUCCUCCUCUCCUCGCAAAUGGACUUUCCAGCUGUGAUUCAGUUCUCCCCUCUGGGUGGGCGGGUGGCUGGGGUCUGGACGGCCGAGGGACGGCUUACUUCCCCCAAGCCAUCACCUCUAGGUGACGGGAGCAGAGGUCUUUGUGUAGCUGGGCUCCUUUCCUCCAUCCUGAGCCCUUCUGCCUGGAACAUAGGGCCUCCAUCCCUAUCUGCCCCGCCAGGCUCCUAGCUCCUCCUUCUCCCAACCUGAAACCCUUAGGCUGACACACCUGGCGCUGUGCAUUGUGUUCCCUGCCAUUCCUCCUCCUCCCACAGCGCUCUCAUUCUCUUAUCUGCUCGUCUUGGGGUCCCUUCACCUAGCAGGAGUCUGGGUGUAUAAUUAUCCACACUCCUCCCCCAUCAUGACCUCUUGGCCACUCCUCUCCAAGUACCCUUUAUCCCUGCCUUUGUACCCAGCCCCAUUCCCAAGUGCCCUGACCUUUCCACACCCAGACCCCAGGAAAUGAUGAAGCUGACUUGCAGGUGAAUAAGUCAAGAGCUGAAAGGAAGGUGGUGCCUGCAGACAGCACCUCCCAGCUCCUUUGGGGCCCCCGCACUGUACCCAUUAUCAGAAAGGCCAGGUCCCAGCCCAGAGCUGGUUUAAUCUCUGGCUUCUCUCCGACCUGAGUGCCCUACUACCCUGGUGCCAGCCUAUGCUGAUCACCAACUUCAGCCAAGGGAGCAGUACCCCUUUGGAGUCCUUAAGGGUGAUGGAAAGCCCUCCCCUCCACCUCCCUGGUAGUUCCUAGCCAGGCUACCUGUCUUGAUGCUAAACUGGGAGAGACAGAGGUUCCAUCCUGGGUUGGGGGUGGAGGGCCAGGGAAGGCAGCUUUAAAAGGACUUCCCUUAGGGGGUUGGGAUUAGAUUUUGCUAUCCGGAAAGCAACUGGGGAUUCGAGUAGGGCCUAAGACAAACAGAGGGCCGGGGUGAGGUGGCUGAAGUGUGGUGGAACAGUGGGGUAGCAGACAGGCUCUUCACAGCCCUGCGCCAGGCCAGGCCCCAGCUCCAAAAGUCUGUUUAUUUUUUCAACCGUUUGAGCUGAGACCCUGGAGUAGAGCCAAGGGGGGCGGGAGAGGUUUUUUGAAACCGCAGAAAUUUGGUUCCACCCUAAAAAGGAAAGCCAUGGGGGAGCCGGUUGGGGGAAGACCUGGCUAGGGGGUCUAGAGAGAGGUUCUGGGGGGGGCAGGUAGAUACUGGGAUCCCUUUUCCAUUAUUGUGGGGAGCUGGGAGAUCAGACACCUGGGUGUUCAUGCUCUGUUUUUGUUUUUGUUUUUGUUUUUGGUGGUGGGGGGACUGGCUCUUCUUUCUACCAUGGGGGCUGACUGUGUGGGGCAGGUAAUUUGGGAAUCCGGCUGGCAGCAGGGAGUGGGGGGCUGAGUGGGUGGAUCUGAGAGGGCAAAGAGGCCACCGGAGAAGGGUGGUUGUCAGUUUGGGCCGGUCGGAAGGGGAGGGCCACCUCCGGAAAACUGUGGUUACAGAAGGGGGAGUUGGUUCUUAGCCAACAAACCCUGGAUCCCCUCUCCCCCUCCCCCCAGCACACCAGCUGUCUCCUUUCUUUUUGUACUGUGGUGAGAAGUAGAGGGGCACCCGCUGGAAAAGACAUUAUUUGAGGAAGAUGGUCUCCCCUGCUACCUCCUUGGGGGGAUGGGUCACAGCUAAGCCCUGACACCUCAGCCCCUCCUCAUUCCUUGCCUCAUUCCCUGGGAGCUCCUCCUAGGAGGAGGUAUGUAAGUUUAACCUGCCCCUUUCUCUGUCCCGUCCUCACAGGAUCUCUCUGUGUAGCCUCCUCCAUGCUUCCUUUUUCUUUUCACUCCAUUUCUGUUCUCCCAGGCUGUCUUCAGUCCUCCACCUCCUCUGUUCUCUCUGCUCUACUUCCUACCUCCACAAGCCCCAAACCUCACAGGUCCCCUUUCUCUCUUUAGCCCCCUGUUCUUCCCUUUCUCCUUUCCCAAACCCCAACCAUCAUACCCCUUAGAACAAAGGGUCCUUUUCUGCCAAGCAGGGACCAGAGGUCCAGGGAUGGCUGUGGAGGCUGGGGGUCCCCUUGGAAUCUCUGCGGUAGGCAGGUGGAGUGGGGAGUGUGCAGAGCGACUAUUUCUUUGUUCUGAGGAAUGGAGAGGUGGCCGGCUUUGUGUGCAGGACUAGGAGUGCAGCGGAGAGGAGAGCUGGGGGAGCCCAGGAGGGAGCUGAGAGGGCUGACAGUGUUGGAGGAGAGUGGAAGAAUGGGGGAUCGUCCUGGUGGCUGAGGCUUCUGGGGACAUAGACAAAAAUUCUAGGGGUCGUGGAGGUUAGGGAGAGAGUUGAGGGGGAGGGGAAAAGUGAGGAUGGGGGAAGGGAGUCUAAAGCUUAGGGAAGUCACUGAGUGACUUGCAGGAGGUUAGAUGGGGCCUAGAGAAGGACCUGCUGAGGCCGACCAGAGGAGUUACAGUGGGGUCUGAUCUCAGCCACUCUGGCUGUGGAAUUUGACCUUGGAAUCAAGGAGGGGACAGAUGUGAAUGUGUGCAUCCCCUGUGUGCGUGUUACUGGUGUCCUGGUGUGUCAGUGUGUCUGUCUGCCUGCCUGCCCUCCUAUUCUGUGCCCAGAUGCUCUGGGCUACUGUUUUGAACAGUGGUCAGCAAAGUAGGGGGUUCAUUCUCUCUGGCCAUGAGGAAGUAGCUUCAUCCUUAGCUUCAGUUUCUGGUUGGAAGUAUCGUCUAGGAGCUGAGUGAGCGGAUUGGUCAGGAUUUCUGAAGCUGGUAAGAGAAAAGGCUGAGAGGAGCUGGCUGGACCCUUCCGGGUUUGUUUAUGUCUCUUUGGGAGAGGGUGGGGGUGGGGUUGCAGGCAGCAGCUGCCCCCCUCCCAACCCAGCUGGCCUGCCUUGUGCCAGGAGGGCAGGGAGUCCUGGCACAGCUAUUGUUCACUUGCACAAAUGCCUGUCUGUUUGCAUUGCUACCCCCCCUCUCUCUUUCUGCUUGUCUCUCUCUCCUGGCCUGACAGGUGUGGCCGGGUAGGGGGCAGGCUGGGGUCCAGGAUGAUUGGGUCUCAGGGUCUCUAACCUGAUUUAUUCCUUGUGGCCCUUAGCAAUCCUCUUCUGUUUCACCCGUACCCACCCCCAUUGCCAGUGUCUCAUCUUCAUUCACUAAGCAAGCAUUUAUUAAGUGCCUUUGUGUGUGCAGUGAUGUCUUUCUGUGUUGUUUCUGGCUUUGGCAUUAGUGUUUCCAUUUGGCUGCCUUCCCCUCAGCCUCCUGUCUUCAUCUUGUCCCUGGAAGCUCAUAAAGGAGCAGCGCCCGGCUGAGACCACCCCAAGCCCUCUUCUCAGUCCCACCGCCAGCAAUCCCUCACCUCUUCAUUUCCCAGCCCUAUAGCUCCUCCUCCAGGACUCAGUGCCCUUCAUAGCCAACGGCGCCUCUGCUGUCCAGGGGCUGAGCCACAGGUGACUCGAAUCCCAGUGGAACGCUCCACAGGCUCUCUGGUCACUAUUACAGAGGGUGUGGACAGAGGUGUCACCAUCUUGGGGAAGGGGCUGCUGCCAGGUACAGCUGGAGGAGAGGUGAUUCUGAGUACUCUGUGACUCUCCCAGAAGUCUUGAUUUGGACAUACUUGAGAGAGAAGCAAAGGCAGCUAAGAGAGCUGGGCAUGGUGGCUCGCACCUGUAAUCCUAGCAUUUUGGAAGACCAAGGCAGCUGGAUCGCAUGAGCUCAGGAAUUUGAGACAAGCCUGGGCAACAUAGUGAGACCUCAUCUCUACAAAAACAUUAAGUUUUAAAAAUCUAUUAUUAAAAAAAAAAAAAAGUCAGAUGAGAGCCUAGAGCUUGCUUGGAGAAGCUCUACCUCGCCUGGGUGGAUCUGCCUGGCCUUGCUGCCUGCUGGGAGCACAGGAAGCCAAAGUCCUAGCCUUGGCAUUGCCUUCCCCUCCAUGUACGUCACUGUUUCCUCAUCCCUUAUUCUGGGAGACAAAGUGGAGAGAAGAGGGGAGACUGUGUCUGCCUUUGAGCUUUUCAAUAGAGAUCCACAAUGCCCUCUGCCAUUGCUCCCAUCUUUCUUUCUUUUUUCUUUUCUUUUUUUUUUUUUUUUGAGACGGAGUCUCGCUCUGUCACCCAGACUGCAGUGCAGUGGCGUGAUCCUGGCUCACUGCAACCUCCACCUCCGGGGUUCAAGCAAUUCUCCUGCCUCAGCCUCCUGAGUAGUUGGGAUUACAGGUGCCCACCACCAUACCCGGCCAAUUUUUGUAUUUUUAGUAGAGAUGGGGUUUUGCCAUGUUGGCCAGGCUGGUCUCAAACUCCUGAUCUCAAGUGAUCUGCCUGCCUUGGCCUCUCAAAGUGUUAGGAUUACAGGCAUGAGCCACUUCACCCGGCCUGGCCCUGUCUUUCUUUCCCAAAAGUGACUGAGAUCAGGGAUGACAGUGGAAGGAAGUUUGGGGUUGGUCUUCUGACUUCCAGAGGAAACCCUCAGGGUCUAAACUUAAAGGAAAUAGGAGAGAAUGGCUUAGAGCCCUUCAGGAGAAGGGAGAAAAGAGAAACAAGAAGAGACAGAAGGUUCUAAAGCUCUGAUAAUGAAGGAAUAGGGUUCCCAGAAUAGGGGCCAGGGUGCUACUGAGACCCCAUGUCUUGGUGUCCAUACAUCCUUCCUUGCUUCUUUGCUUCCUUCCUUUUCUUUCAUUUUGAGACAUGUAUUGGGUGCCUGUUGUAUACCAGGUAUUGUGCUAAGGGCUUUCAUAUUCUUUAUUUAUCCUUGAUGUAGCAGUAGUGUGGAUGAAGGUGUGUAGCAAGAAGGACUUCCCAUGGGAUUUAUGAGAAAGAGACAGAAUGACUCUAGGGCUGAGCGUGGUGGCUCACACCUAUAAUUCUAGCACUUUGGGGAGGCCAGGGCAGGAGGAUCACUUGAUCCUAUGAGUUCAAGACCAGCCUGGGCAACAUAGCAAGACCCUGUCUCUACAAAAAAAAAUUUAAAAAUUAGGUGAGCAUCAUGAUACAUGCCUGUGGUCCCAGCUAUUUGGAGGGCUGAGGUGGAAGGAUCACUUGAGCCCGGGAGGUCAAGGCUGCAGUGAGCCAUGAUCAUGCCAAUGUACUCCAGUCCAGGCAACAGAGUGAGACCCUGUCUCAAAAAAAAAAAAAAAGAAAAAAAAGUGUCUCUAGAUGCUGGAGAGCAAAGGACUGAACCAAGCAGGAAGGGCCUCUGAGCACUGGGGUGGGUGUUAUGGAUUGUGGAGUAAUGGGCCCUUUUUCUUGGUGGAUAGGUUAGGUCUUGGAGGUAAAGGGCUGUCCUACUUGGGCGUGGGUAAAUGGGAGACCAAUGUGAUGAUCUUAAGAAUACCUGGAAAAGAGUAGGACAAAGAACCAAACAAGCCCACUCACUCCACCUCUGGAGCAGGCACCUCUGGUAAGCAGGCCCUGUGUCCUUCCAUCCUCAGAAGCCUGAGCCCUGGGGCGGGCACAGGCGACCUCCGGGACAAUAGCACUAGGCAGUGCCAGGGCCGCUUGCUGCUGGGCAGUGCCCGUGCUGGGAUGUGCUGCUGCUGUGGCUGCUGCCCGCUGCUGGCCCACCUAGAGCAGGGGUCACUUCAAGAGAGGGUGAGUGUUGGGAGGUGGAGGAGGCAGGGCCUAGAGUACCAGGGCUGUCUGUGGAGCAUUGAUGCCAGAGAGAGGAAGGGCCACUAGAGACCCUGUUCUCUGGCUGCCCCAGUCUUCUCCCUCGCUUUGCCACUCCAUCUGAGCUGGUCAGACAGAUGAGUGUUUGUGGAUGCCACAGGGGGAGGGUAGAGGGCAAAGGGCAGAGGUCAGGUGUGAAAGAGGGUACUUGUAGCAGCACUGGGGCAGAGCUGCAGCACUGCCCAUUCUGGAGUGACCCUGGUCCAGCCAUGUUGUUUUUUAAAUACUAUUUUCAGCUUGCUUGCUUUUACUUGUGUUUAUUUUAUUUUAUUUUUUUAAUAGAGAUGGGUCUCGCUGUGUUGCUCAGGCUGUUCUCAAACUCCUGGCCUCAAGCGAUCCUCCCACCUCAGCCCCCCAAAGUGCUGGGAUUACAGGUGUGAGCCACCUCACCGGCCUCUUGCUUUUAAUUCAAAUGUGAUACGUGCUCAAACUUUUGGUUUGUGUUAUAUAGAAGGCUGGGAGGGCAGGAGAGGAGGAGAAAAGGGAGAGUGUAUGGCAGUGGGAAGAGAUAUUUGGACUUGGUGUUUGAGGUCCUGUGAGGUUAUUAUUCAAAGGUGAAUUUGAACUUCUUCUUCUUUUUUUUUUUUUUUUCUUUUUUGAGACAUAGUCUCACUCUGUGACCCAGGCUGGAGUGCAGUGGCCCAAUCUCGACCCACUGCAACCUCCAACCUCCCCAGUUCAAGCAAUUCUCCUGCCUCAGCCUCCCAAGUAGCUGGGAUUACAGGUGCCCGCCACUAUGCCCAGCUAAUUUUUUGUAUUUUUAGUAGAGAUGGGGUUUCACCAUGUUGGUCAGGCUGGUCUCGAACUCCUGACCUCAGGUGAUCCACCCACCUCGACCUCCCAAAGUGCUGGGAUUACAGGUGUGAGCCACUGCACCCAGCCUGAAUUCGAACUUCUAAAGAGGUAUAAUUUGGCGCAAGAUAGGUGGAGGUUAGACCAAAGGGAGCAUUUUCUAGUGGUCCAGGUAGGUAGGUACCAGAAUAGAAAAAAGGAGGCCAGAACAUUUUAGAGGUUUGAGUUCGAGGCUAGAGGCAGCUCAGCUUCCUGAAUAAGCCUAGGUAGAGGAGCAGUUGGCCUGCGUGAGGAGGAGGGGAGGAGAGGCUGUGGGCGGGAGAGGAGAACAGUGGCGGAGAAGCAAGGCUGAGAAAGGGAAGGCAGAGCGGGAGGAGCCUAGGAGGGAGACCCUGAGAGGAGAAGGGAGGACAUAGAGAGAGCAGGAGACAGGAGGAGGAUGUGAACAAUGGAUGAUUGGGGAUGGGGAGGAUGCAUGAGGGGAGAAGGGAUUGACUCCAAGACCUCUGGGCUCUGGACAUCAUCAGGCAAACCUGGAGCUUGGGAAGAGAGGCAGGAAAGAGAAGGAUCUUGGGCCUAGGCACUGCAGCCCCAUGCCCUCUGUCCCUGCACUGUUGACUCAGCCCCUCCACACUUCCCCUUUCUUUCUACCCUUUUCUGCCCCAAGCACCAGGCCUGUGCAUCUCUUCCCCUCCUCCACCUCUCAGCUGCUGGCGUGGCCUCGUGGCCUCGGCUGAGUCAGUACUGGUCUCCUAGAGUCUGGGCUGAGUGCUUCCCGCUGAGCUAUAAUCCUCUGUCCCCAGCCCAGGUCCUCUGACUUGGGGCUUCUACCCUCAGCCAUCUGGAUCCUGAUUUUUCAUUUCUGAGAGCCUGGGAAACCUUGGAGGGAGUGGUCUUCUCAGCUUCUAGUCCUGCUCCAAGAGCUGAGGGAAAAUCCAGAGAUUGGAGGUCACAUCCUAAGGAAGGUCCUAGAAUAGUGGGAAGAGUGAUAUCCCCUUCUUCUCACCUUCUCAGGCUUUUUGGGAAUCACAGGGGCUUGAAGAGGGACAGAUUGGAGGUCAGGGAGAAUGACUUGACUUGCAGAGGCAGGGGCACUGGGGGAAAUGGGAGAUAGCAGAGAUGGAAAACGCGGCUCAGAGGCUCCAAGGAAGGUGUGCGCCAUCUCUGUGGAGAUCAACACUGAAGGAUGGAGGGAUGUCAGAAAGGACUUCCUAGGAUGGGAGAGACCAGUUGGGUGAGGAGCAAUAGAGGAAACUCUCCUAGGUUUUAACUCUGGAGAGUAGUAUGAGAGGGAUAAAAGUUAGACUGCAGGAGAGAUUUUCCGCUGGAAGCAACCGAGAUGGCUGGCUGAGCUUCCUUACUUAAAGAUCCCAGAGUGGAAGAGUGACCCAAAGGCAGCUGCCUUUGCCUCAAGACCCGGGAAAAGGAGAAGAUGAAGGAAGCCAAGGAUGCCCGCUAUACCAAUGGGCACCUCUUCACCACCAUCUCAGUUUCAGGCAUGACCAUGUGCUAUGCCUGUAACAAGAGCAUCACAGCCAAGGAAGCCCUCAUCUGCCCAACCUGCAAUGUGACUAUCCACAACCGCUGUAAAGACACCCUCGCCAACUGUACCAAGGUCAAGCAGAAGCAACAGAAAGCGGCCCUGCUGAAGAACAACACUGCCUUGCAGUCCGUCUCUCUUCGAAGUAAGACAACCAUCCGGGAGCGGCCAAGCUCGGCCAUCUACCCCUCCGACAGCUUCCGGCAGUCCCUCCUAGGCUCCCGCCGUGGCCGCUCCUCCUUGUCUUUAGCCAAGAGUGUUUCCACCACCAACAUUGCUGGACAUUUCAAUGAUGAGUCUCCCCUGGGGCUGCGCCGGAUCCUCUCACAGUCCACAGACUCCCUCAACAUGCGGAACCGAACCCUAUCCGUGGAAUCCCUCAUUGACGAAGCAGAGGUAAUCUACAAUGAGCUGAUGAGUGACUUUGAGAUGGAUGAGAAGGACUUUGCAGCUGACUCCUGGAGCCUUGCUGUGGACAGCAGCUUCCUGCAGCAGCAUAAAAAGGAGGUGAUGAAGCAGCAGGAUGUCAUCUAUGAGCUAAUCCAGACAGAGCUGCACCAUGUGAGGACACUGAAGAUCAUGACCCGCCUCUUCCGCACGGGGAUGCUGGAAGAGCUACAGUUGGAGCCGGGAGUGGUCCAGGGCCUGUUCCCCUGCGUGGACGAGCUCAGUGACAUCCAUACACGCUUCCUCAGCCAGCUAUUAGAACGCCGACGCCAGGCCCUGUGCCCUGGCAGCACCCGAAACUUUGUCAUCCAUCGCUUGGGUGAUCUGCUCAUCAGCCAGUUCUCAGGUCCUAGUGCGGAGCAGAUGCGUAAGACCUACUCAGAGUUCUGCAGCCGCCACACCAAGGCCUUAAAGCUCUAUAAGGAGCUGUACGCCCGAGACAAACGCUUCCAGCAAUUCAUCCGGAAAGUGACCCGCUCCGCCGUGCUCAAGCGGUACGGGGUACAGGAGUGCAUCCUGCUGGUGACUCAGCGCAUCACCAAGUACCCGGUACUCAUCAGCCGCAUCCUGCAGCAUUCCCAUGGGAUCGAGGAGGAGCGCCAGGACCUGACCACAGCACUGGGGUUAGUGAAGGAGCUACUGUCCAAUGUGGACCAGGAUAUUUAUGACCUGGAGAAAGGGGCCCGUCUGCAGGAGAUCUACAACCGCAUGGACCCUCGGGCCCAAACCCCAGUGCCUGGCAAGGGCCCCUUUGGCCGAGAGGAACUUCUGCGGCGCAGACUCAUCCACGAUGGCUGCCUGCUCUGGAAGACAGCGACAGGGCGCUUCAAAGAUGUGCUAGUGCUGCUGAUGACAGAUGUACUGGUGUUUCUCCAGGAAAAGGACCAGAAGUACAUCUUUCCUACCCUGGACAAGCCCUCAGUGGUAUCGCUGCAGAAUCUAAUCGUACGGGACAUUGCCAACCAGGAGAAAGGGAUGUUUCUGAUCAGCGCAGCCCCACCUGAGAUGUACGAGGUGUACACAGCAUCCCGGGAUGACCGGAGCACCUGGAUCCGGGUCAUUCAGCAGAGCGUGCGCUUAUGCCCAUCCAGGGAGGACUUCCCCCUGAUUGAGACAGAGGAUGAGGCUUACCUGCGGCGAAUUAAGAUGGAGUUGCAGCAGAAGGACCGGGCACUGGUGGAGCUGCUGCGAGAGAAGGUCGGGCUGUUUGCUGAGAUGACCCAUUUCCAGGCCGAAGAGGAUGGUGGCAGUGGGAUGGCCCUGCCCACUCUGCCCAGGGGCCUUUUCCGCUCUGAGUCCCUUGAGUCCCCUCGUGGCGAGCGGCUGCUGCAGGAUGCCAUCCGUGAGGUGGAGGGUCUGAAAGACCUGCUGGUGGGGCCAGGAGUGGAACUGCUCUUGACACCCCGAGAGCCAGCCCUGCCCUUGGAACCAGACAGCGGUGGUAACACGAGUCCUGGGGUCACUGCCAAUGGUGAGGCCAGAACCUUCAAUGGCUCCGUUGAACUCUGCAGAGCUGACUCAGACUCUAGCCAGAGGGAUCGAAAUGGAAAUCAGCUGAGAUCACCGCAAGAGGAGGCAUUACAGCGAUUGGUCAAUCUCUAUGGACUUCUACAUGGCCUACAGGCAGCUGUGGCCCAGCAGGACACUUUGAUGGAAGCCCGGUUCCCUGAGGGCCCUGAGCGGCGGGAGAAGCUGUGCCGAGCCAACUCUCGGGAUGGGGAGGCUGGCAGGGCUGGGGCUGCCCCUGUGGCCCCUGAAAAGCAGGCCACGGAACUGGCAUUACUGCAGCGGCAACAUGCGCUGCUGCAGGAGGAGCUACGGCGCUGCCGGCGGCUAGGUGAAGAACGGGCAACCGAAGCUGGCAGCCUGGAGGCCCGGCUCCGGGAGAGUGAGCAGGCCCGGGCACUGCUGGAGCGGGAGGCCGAAGAGGCUCGAAGGCAGCUGGCCGCCCUGGGCCAGACCGAGCCACUCCCAGCUGAGGCCCCCUGGGCCCGCAGACCUGUGGAUCCUCGGCGGCGCAGCCUCCCCGCAGGCGAUGCCCUGUACUUGAGUUUCAACCCCCCACAGCCCAGCCGAGGCACUGACCGCCUGGAUCUACCUGUCACUACUCGCUCUGUCCAUCGACACUUUGAGGACCGAGAGAGGCAGGAACUGGGGAGCCCCGAAGAGCGGCUGCAAGACAGCAGUGACCCUGACACCGGCAGCGAGGAGGAAGGUAGCAGCCGUCUGUCUCCGCCCCACAGUCCACGAGGUGAGACCCUGGCGGAGACAUGGACCAGAGACUUUACCAGAAUGCAGGACAUCCCGGAGGAGACGGAGAGCCGCGACGGGGAGGCUGUAGCCUCCGAGAGCUAAGGGGGCCCCUCCCCCCUGCCCCCGUGCCCCACUGAAGAACAUUACUGAGGGGGGCUAACCUUGGGGACUCCAAUUUGCCAAUGAUGAGGGAACAUUUGAAAGAACUGCAAAUUGUCCUUGCCAGCUCUUGGGAUCCUUGGAUACCUGGGGCCAUUUAAGAAGCUGGGGGAAUUAGGCCACAAUACCCCCUGGGGCAUCCGAAAGCUACACCACAGAUGCCAGUGGUUCAUGCCUUCUUCCCCCAACUUUAGGAAAAUUUAUUUAUUUAUUGUUUAUUAGUUAUGGGGGGAGAGGGGAGAUUUAAAGGACCAGGGACGUGGGAACCAAGCCAUAGGGAUCAGAGGGCCUUGUCCUUGAACACUAUUGGGGUAUAUUCAGGCUCAUCCACGCAGCUGCUGGGUUCUUGCCCUAACGGCCCUCCCCUGCAACACUCGUCUUGGAGGAGAGGCUGCAGCCACAGCACCCUACUGCCCUUUAAAUAAAGGAGGGCUGUGGGCAGGGCCAUGUCCCUUUCUCCUCUCCCCUCAACUUCUUACUGCUGUUCUCCCUUUCUCCAUCCUUCAUGGAAGCCCUGGGAGAUAACCUGGCUUCCUGGAGUUGAUGGAAUAAAGGUUGGGGUGGCCAUAAUGGUUUGUUGGGGGUGAGGGAAAAAACCCACAGGGACCAGAAUGUUUUGUUGUUGUUUUCUUUUCUUUUUUGUACCAAAGUCAACUGCACGUGUUUUAUAUUUUUAAGAGAUCAUAGGCAAUUAGAGAUCGAAGCCUCCUAUCUCCACAUCUCUGAAGAAGUUGAGGGGUGGGGGAGACAAUGACUUCUGCCUUCAUCUGCAGUAACGGGGGGACCUACACUGACCUCUUCCCCAGCCAUUUGGAAACAAGUUCUAGGGUGGGUUGGGAAAUCUCCAGGAGCCCUGACCUCAUCUUCCACCUCAGCAACCAUGACCUGAAACCUCAGCGUGAAUUUGGGGGAUUUUUCAGUGGAACCCCUGCCCCCAAAUGUCGACCAGCCCCAGUUUUUUUUUUUCUUGACAAUUUUGUUGUUUAAAAAAAAAAUUCAGGGAAAAUUAAAAACCUGGAACUCCA